AUGGAGAUAAAGGGACUGCUGACCUUCAGGGAUGUGGCCAUAGUAUUCUCUCAGGAGGAGUGGGGAUGCCUGAACCUCAGCCAGCGGGAACUUUACAGGGACGUGAUGUUAGAGAACUACGGACACCUCCUCUUCUUGGGUCUUAUUGUCUCAAAGCCCGACCUGGUCAUCUUUUUUGAACAACAGAGGGACCUAUGGGAUAUGCAGAGAAAGAAGACUGUAGCCUCAUAUCCAGUUCCUCCAAAGGUCUUUCACAUCCACAGUGAGGGCCUCCAUAAUCUGAUUGGUUAUCUGUUGCUUUGA